AUGAGUUUUGGAGUAAAAUAUUGUUUAAUUUGCCUGUCUUUGCGGUUUCUCUUUACCUGUUCAAGUCACAGUAAUCAAGUUGUGCUAUUGGACACCACUGCUGUACUGGGAGAAUUGGGUUGGAAAACAUAUCCCAUUAAUGGGUGGGACGCCAUCACCGAGAUGGAUGAGCAGAACCGACCCAUCCACACCUUCCAGGUGUGCCACGUCAUGGAGCCCAACCAAAACAACUGGCUCCGCUCCGGCUGGAUCUUCCGCCAAGCCGCCCAGAAAGUCUACGUGGAGCUUCGUUUCACCCUGCGCGACUGCAACAGCAUCCCCUGGGUCUCGGGCACCUGCAAAGAGACGUUCAACCUGUUCUACAUGGAGAGCGACGAAUCACACGGCGUGAAGUUCAAACCGGGUCAGUUCACCAAGAUUGACACCAUUGCCGCCGACGAGAGCUUCACGCAGAUGGACCUGGGAGAUCGGAUUCUCAAACUUAACACGGAAGUCCGAGAAGUUGGCCCCAUCACCAGGAAGGGCUUCUACCUGGCCUUCCAGGACAUCGGAGCCUGCAUCGCCUUGGUGUCCGUGCGAGUCUACUACAAGAAGUGUCCCUUUACCGUACGGAAUCUGGCGACGUUCCCAGACACCAUUCCCAGGGUGGACUCCUCUUCGCUGGUGGAGGUGCGGGGAGCGUGCGUGAAGAACGCGGAGGAGCGCGACACGCCAAAGCUCUACUGCGGAGCAGAUGGGGAUUGGCUGGUGCCCCUGGGACGGUGUGUGUGCAGCGUGGGAUACGAGGAGGCGGACGGCACCUGUCUUGCCUGUCGACCAGGGUUCUACAAGGCUUUUGCCGGCAACAUCAAGUGUUCCAAGUGUCCCCUGCAUAGUUACAGUUAUGAUGAGGGCUCUCCACUCUGCUACUGUGAGAAAGGAUACUUCAGGGCAGAGAAGGACCCGCCCACAAUGCCAUGUACCAGGCCUCCGUCUCCUCCACGCAACGUGAUCUUCAACAUUAACGAGACGUCGCUCUUCCUGGAGUGGAGCCCUCCAAGCGACACGGGGGGCAGGAAGGACUUGACCUAUAACGUGCUGUGUAAGAGGUGCGGGGCCGACCCCCAGCAGUGUGAGCUGUGUGGGGGGGAGCUACGUUUCGUCCCCCGGCCCCAGGGCCUGACCAACGCCUCCGUCACCGUGCUGGACUUCACCGCCCACUCUAACUACACCUUUGAGAUCGAGUCCCUCAACGGCGUGUCAGAAAUGAGUUCCUUCCCCAGACCUGUAGCCGCCAUCACAAUCAGCACUGACCAAGUAGGUCCUUCUCUGAUAGGGACGGUGCAGAAGGACUGGGCCACUCAGAACAGUAUCGCCCUCUCCUGGAAGGAGCCAGAAUUGACCUCUUUACCCGUCCUGGAUUACGAGAUCAAAUACUACGAGAAGGAACAUGAGCUGCUCAGUUACUCUUCCACACGAAGCAAAGCCCCCAGCGUCAUCAUCGGGGGGCUCAGACCCUCCACCGUCUACGUGUUCCAUGUCAGGGCCCGCACAGCCGCAGGCUACAGCAGCUACAGCCCCAAGUACGAGUUUGAGACGGGAGAUGAGGCCUCUGACAUAGCUGCAGACCAGGGACAGGUGCUGGUCAUCGUCACUGCGGCUGUGGGUGGAUUCACGCUGCUCAUCAUCCUCACUCUCUUCUUCCUCAUCACUGGGCGGUGCCAGUGGUAUAUUAAAGCCAAGAUGAGAUCAGAUGAGAAAAGAAGAGCCCAGUACCAAAAUGGACAUGUCCCUUUCCCUGGCGUUAAGACGUACAUCGACCCGGACACGUACGAGGACCCCACGCAAGCGGUGCACGAGUUUGCCAAGGAGAUAGAUCCGUCUCGAAUCCGGAUCGAGAGGGUAAUCGGAGCAGGUGAGUUUGGGGAGGUUUGUAGCGGGCGUUUACGUACCCCAGGGAAGAGAGAGAUCCCUGUGGCCAUCAAAACGCUGAAGGGCGGCUACGUGGAGCGGCAGAGGCGGGACUUCCUGCGGGAGGCGAGCAUCAUGGGACAGUUCGACCAUCCCAACAUUAUCCGACUCGAGGGAGUCGUCACCAAAAGUAGACCCGUUAUGAUUGUGGUGGAGUACAUGGAGAAUGGCUCUUUGGACUCCUUUUUGAGGAAGCAUGACGGGCAUUUCACGGUGAUCCAGCUGGUGGGGAUAUUGCGAGGAAUUGCGUCAGGGAUGAAGUAUCUCUCAGACCUGGGCUACGUGCACAGAGACCUGGCGGCCCGGAACAUCCUCGUCAACAGCAACCUGGUGUGCAAGGUGUCCGACUUCGGCCUGUCGCGGGUCCUGGAGGACGACCCAGAGGCGGCCUAUACCACCACAGGUGGAAAAAUCCCCAUUCGAUGGACAGCACCUGAAGCCAUUGCCUACAGGAAGUUCUCGUCAGCCAGUGACGUGUGGAGCUACGGUAUCGUCAUGUGGGAAGUGAUGUCAUAUGGAGAACGGCCUUACUGGGAAAUGUCCAAUCAGGACGUGAUCCUCUCCAUAGAAGAGGGUUAUCGUCUGCCGGCUCCCAUGGGCUGCCCAGUGGCCCUUCAUCAGCUUAUGCUGCACUGCUGGCAGAAAGAGAGAAGCCUGCGACCCAAAUUCGCCGACAUCGUCAACUUCUUAGACAAGCUCAUUCGCAACCCAAGCAGCCUGCUUACGCUGGUGGAGGAUAUUCAGGGAUUACCAGAGUCCCCCAGAGAGGUGCCAGACUACCCCUUGUUCAUCUCAGUUGGUGAUUGGCUGGACUCCAUUCAAAUGAGCCAAUACAAGGCUAAUUUCAUCGCCGCAGGCUUCACUGCUUUGGACUCUGUUACUGGAAUGAGUAUUGAAGACGUGAGGAGAAUCGGAGUGACGUUGAUCGGACACCAGAGACGGAUAGUGAGCAGUAUACAGGCGCUGCGACUGCAGGUCCUACAGGAGCAGGACAGGGGGUUCCACGUAUGA